CUGCUCGUUCCAGGCUGCUCAUGUAGUGAACGGCACGCAGUGGCCUUUGCCUAACUGCUUGUGCGCCGAGCAUGCCAAUACAUUGGUCCGCUCACACCGGCCUUGCGUUCGACGAUCGUUACUGAGAAUAACAAAGCAGUUUCCGAAUCGAAGCUCCACGCUUAACCAUGGCGUCCAAGCCUCCCAGCCUCAGCCUCAAGGAGGCGAGCGAGCGCGACCUCCAGAAGGUCUUCAACCAGUUCGACGCCGACGGCGACGGCAAGAUCUCCCCCGCCGAGCUCUCCGGCGUCCUCUCCGCCACCGGCUCCGCCUCCUCCCCCGCCGACGUCCGCCGCGCCAUGGAGAACAUCGACUCCGACAAGGACGGCUUCAUCAGCCGCGCCGAGUUCGGCGUCUUCUGCCGGUCCGGCUCCUCUUCCUCCGAGGCGGAGAUCCGCGACGCCUUCGACCUGUACGACCAGGACAAGGACGGCCUGAUCUCCGCGGACGAGCUCCACCUGGUGCUCAACCGGCUGAGCGCCAAGUGCUCCCGCCAGGACUGCUUGAGGAUGAUCCAGUCGGUGGACAAGGAUGGCGACGGGAGCGUCAACUUCGAGGAGUUCAAGACGAUGAUGACGGAUUCGAUUCCUGGUAACGGUGGAUCUGUGGCCUGAAAUUGGAUGAUUUGGGAUUGCGUUUCCCGCCGCCGUACAAUCUCACUUUAAUCCACCUUCUUAUAUAUCGUCUUCUUAGUUCCUCGUGACUAGUGAACUCGUAUGUGUAUGGAUUUUGCAUCAUGCGUGGAAACUCGUAUCGAUUUCAUCCAUCUGCUGUGACUUACUUGUGCCAUUCGGAACAAUGCAUGUCCUGUAUCCAUUUCGAUCCUUCUGCUUCGGCUCAGUGUUUUCGAUUCGAAGCAUGAAGAAUCAGCAGAAUCUGAGUUAGAGUGCCUUUUAAGGCAUUUGAUUAAA